AUGAUAACUCUAUUCGUCUUUGGAAUGUAAAAACAUCAAACGAAAUACUCCAAUCAGAUAGUAGCUAUAAAGAUUUGCUUUCCUAGUUUAACAUACCUCUUCAGAAUAGCUCCUUAUUGCCAAAUGGUAUUUAUUGUUAAUUAUUAUUUAGUUAAUCCUGAUCGUACAAUACUUAGAAUAUGUUAGAAACCUUUAUUUGAAGCAUCAGGAACACUUAUCUUAUAAGGAUAAUUCAGUAAUCAUUAAGGGAAAGAUUUAAAACCAUUGUUUAAAUCAAAAGGAAGUUGCUUUUUAGAGAACUUAAAGCAAAAGUGAAUUUGAUUAUUCAUUCAAAACAUUACAAUUAUAAUUUUAAUCAUUUUCUUAUAACUUUUUGCAUAAAAUGUGUUUUUUGUUUCUAUUAAACUAUUUAAAUAAUAUUGAGAUUGUUAGAAACGUUAUAAAUUGA